UGUAGCUGGGACACGACCUGCGCUUCACAUCAGUAUCAACACGAGCAGUUACGGACAUAUUCUCUCUAUCGAGCUCUUGAAGAUUUCCAAUGCUACGCUUAGGUGUUGAUGUCUCGAGAAAGCAACACGAAUCCUCCAAUACGGUAGAGUGUAUCAACUAGAGCCAGUGACGAGAGCAGGGAGUGCAAUGCAUUGUCCAAUAGCUCUUCUUCUAUCUGGGCUUUGUGUCAUCGUCCUCGGUGAGCAAACGUGCAGCAGGAGGCAAUGUUUUAUCGAAGGCAACUAUCAAGAGCGGACAAACUCUAUCAACACUGUUGGAGUCUUGUACUACAGUGUAUUAACCAAACAGCACUCUAAGUGGCGGAAAGUGGCCAAUGGCCAGACAGUCUCUGCAACGUUUAAGCCUACAUCAUCCUGCAACAUGGUUGUACGGUAUGUGAACUUCUACAUUAAAGGAGGAUCAGCCUGUCAAACAACUAUUAAAUUGAUCCGCGGAAGCAAGAUGGACACGUUGAGCAAUUUGGCUCAUUGUGGCCCCGAGGAAACAAAAUGCCUUCGAUGGCAUGGCCUGAAUGAGAUGCCGUAUUAUCUAAGACAACAGUGUCCAAACCCAUCUCAAGUGAAAGUCGUGAUCAGACCAGUGCGGAAUAAAGAUAAAGUAUAUCCAUGCUUGGUCAGUGCCAACAGUGACAAUAUCCCAAUCAUUCGACUCUUCAUGGAAUACACGACAAAAGAAGAACCCACUAAACUGGCACCCACUACACGUAGACCUGUGCCGACAACUGUUAAAGCAAGGCCUACAACAUCAAAUUCUAUUAUACCAACAGAAACAAGAAAUAUACCCAUUUCACCGAUCUUCGUCACAACAGAGCAUGCCAUACAGCCUACAUCCGAGGUCCAAACAACAAUUGGAAAUCGGUCUAUAACAGCAUCCGACGAAAAGCAGGAUUCUGUACAACCACAGUCAACUGUACCAACCACGUCACUCACUACGGCUUCAGCUGAAUCACAUAAUAUAUCAAACACGACAGAGGAAGAACCCACUACACUGGCACCCACUACACGUAGAUCUGUGCCAAAAACUGUCAAAGCAAGGUCUACAGCAUCAAAUUAUGUUACAUCAACAGAAACAAGAGAUUCGGUACAAUCACAGUCAACUGCACCAAAUAUAUCCCCUACUACUUCUUCAGCUGAAUCACAUAUUUCGAGUUUAAGAAGCGCUGGGACUGACGAAGACGCAAUCACCAUUACACACGACGCAACAACUCCAGCUCCCCUACCGACAAUUCAAUCUACCAGCGCAUCUCUGAUUGCUGAAUCCACCAACUACAUCUGGAUCAUAGGCGUAGUGACUGGAAGCAUUCUAACUGUGAUUCUCAUUGCUCUACUAUUUGUGUUUCUAUAUAAGAAGUGCCGCAGAACCUCGGCACAGGUUCGUAUAACUAACACCCGAGAUCAUGGAAGCGAGCCUCCCACCCAGGGAUUCAGAAAUUCUGACUAUAGCUACACCGACUUGUGUGGAAAUGCGUCUGACCCAACACGAUCCGAGUACGAAUGCGUUAACCCAGACGGAGACUACCCAACAAACCAGCAGGGUGUUCUGGAGGUUCAAUAUACAAACACGAAUCCACACGGCAGCAAUAAUCUUGUGCCACAGAAACCGAAGACAUCCAACGCUGAGGAAGAAUAUUCCGUAGCUGGCGCAGCCACAGACCAUCGUAACCAGUCUCUACAGGAAGCUUCAGAACAUGCUUUAUACACGUGUCCAGAGGAAGUCUCCGUUCUAGACCUACAGCAACGACCUGACUCCACCUAUGAUGAACUACACUAUGAAAACAAAGAAUGGGGCACUCUUGGAGACGCGAGACAACAGGUGUAUUCUGAUGUGGAGGAAAUUGACCAUCUGGACCAACCACAACAGGCAGAGUCUUCAUACGACAAACUAUGCCAUCCCAAGAGUGGGAAGGCACGUGCCGCCAGUGGGAAGCCACAUUCACAUAUACAACCUGGUGCAGACGAAACUGCCCACGAAGACGAGCCGCAGGAAUCGGACCCUGUGUACGACAAUAUACAGGAGGACAAAGGAGGCACGGAACCCGGCGCUCCUGCAGAUAUACAGAAACAGGACUAUGACGAUGUUGACCUGGUUUUUGCACUAUCUGACAGGUACAGCAACCAACCAAGCGUCACGUGUGAUCCAGUAAAUGUAACCACAACGAGAGAUUCGAGCCUUUGAAUAUUAUACGAAUGCAGACUCGGAGCUAAAAAUCGGCAGUCUGUACGUAUGCUUUAGAAGGAGCAUUUUCGCAUCGUUAUUUGGAGUUUAACUGAUUAUGUGUGUAUCUGUGUGUGCACGUGUACGUGAGUGUGCCCGUGUGUUUAUGUUGAAGCCACUGCACUUCAAAGCGUUGCUCGUUACUUAAUGUUGCCCUUGGAGUAUGUCGAUUCAAUGCAAUUACUGCAGAUACACAAUGUGUCCCUCAGAUGAUCAUCCCAACAGACCACGACCUCUAUCAACUGCUGAACAUGUAUUUGCAUAGAGCUAUGCACUUUCUCGAUACAUUUUGCCCUUCAGUCCCAUUAACAUCAUCCACGUUUGCUUGUAGUAUGAAUGAUCAACGAAUACAGCUGCACGUGCAUUUAUACGUGAUAGAUGAAAUGCACGUGUAUUCGCGGAUAUAAUUCACUGUUAUCCUCAAUGUCAGAGAACCAAAUACACUGUAGUUAAAGCCAUACCAUAAACGAUGAAUUCGAUUGAACUUCAUACAUGUUACAUGCGUAUCUUCCAAUUUCGAACUUGGUGUUUCCUUAGCUUCUCCAUGUCUCAUGCAGUCAUAAUUGACCUAUUUUUCCUAAUGCAUGUACUGUUUCCGUCAUGUUUUCGCUUUUGAGUUUGGAAAUUCCAUCCCGAAACAAAAGCUCAGGCAUAUCAUUCAAUAUCCAUAGAACUAGUACGUUUCAAAGAUGAUAAUUUCUAGUAUAGGAGUACUUAAUCACUAUUUUGCCUUUUCCUGCCUUCAAUUCAGUCACAACAUUCUACUGUAGAAAGUGACAUUAAACAUUGCUUCUGGAAACACUUUGAAUUUGCUCACGCGUGGGGAGGAUAGCGGUGUUAUUUUUACUUGUCACCUUUGAAUUAGGGAUCUUUUCUACGUUUUAAUAGCAAGCGUUAAAACACUUAGGUAUAAAUGUCUUUGAUUACGAAUUAUCAUCCAGCAAGGUCGU